UCGCAGGUGCUGGAGGUGCUGAUGCAGCGGCAAGACCUCAGCGAGCAGCAGACGAGCGAGGCGCUGCAGGCGCUGGUGGCGGGGGCGGAGCCCACUCAGAUGGCUGCUUUCUUGGUGCUGCUGCGUGCCAAGGGCGAGACGGCCGAGGAAAUUGCCGGGCUGGCCAAGGCCAUGCGUGCCCUUAGCAUACCUGUGCACACCAGCUACGACGGCAAGUGCUGGGUCCUAGACAUUGUUGGCACUGGCGGCGACGGCAUCGGAUCAGUCAAUAUAUCGACAGGGGCCACUGUGGUGGCGGCCGCCGCGGGAGCGAAGGUGGCCAAGCAUGGCAAUCGCUCGGUUUCCAGCUUAUGCGGAAGUGCGGAUGUUUUGGAGGCGCUGGGAGUUGCAGUGGAGCUGGGCCCGGGCGGUGUGUCAUUGUGCCUGGAGGAGGCAGGCGUGGGGUUCAUGUUUGCCCCAACAUACCACCCAGCCAUGAAGACAGUUGUUCCCGUGCGGAAAUCACUGCGGGUUCGCACCGCCUUCAACCUACUGGGGCCCAUGCUGAACCCAGCUGAUGCUGCCUAUGGGCUGGUGGGCGUCUACUCGACUUCAGUCAGCCACCUGAUGGCUGACGCGCUGCAGGCAAGCGGAAUGCGGCUGGGCGUGAAGAAGGCACUAGUGGUGCACUCGAGUGGUCUGGACGAGCUAACGCCCAUGGGACCUGCCGAUGUGGUGGAGGUCACGCAGCAAGGCAAGCACAGUUACUCGCUAGAGCCUAUCGAGCUUGGCAUCCCUCGCUGUGAGGUGGCGGACCUGGCCGGCGGCGAUGCUGCACUCAAUGCGCGGAUACUCAUGGAUGCGUUUGGGGGGGCACGGGGCCCAGUGGCGGAUGCACUCAACCUCAACGCGGGGGUGGCGCUAGCGGCAGCCACGCUCGCGGCGGACGCAAAGGAAGGAGUGGCCAUGGCACAGGACGCGCAGCGCAGUGGCCGGGCGGGCGACACAAUGCGCAAGUGGCUGGAGGUCAGCCAAGCAGCGCGGGCAACAGAGCUGGCAGCGGCAGCAGCACCAGCCCCCGCCACAUGA